AUGAUUCCAGCUGAUAUCGACACGAACUAUACAAUCAUUGUUCCUACAGAAGUAUCCAAAGAAGAAGCCAUCAAGCGUCGUCAGAUUUAUUUGAGACCAUUUCUUCUGUAUACGUUCAAUUCGUAUCUUGCCGAACUCCUCUUUUUGGUGGUGGCUAUUGUGUUCUUUAGUGGAUUAGAAGAGAUUUGGAAAAAGCUUGCAUGGACCAUGAUUCUUUGUCCUAUUGGUAUGGGUGGCACGAUGGGCAGUCUUACCAUCUUUUUUUUGACAGACAGAUAUUAUGGUCGUGAAGCUGUCAUUUUCUCUACCAUUCUUCAUUUCUUGGUCAUGGGCACUUGCAAUUUCUUAUGUUGGAAUCUUGAUCGUCAUUUGGGUCAAUGGUUUGGCUCUGCCUCGCAUCCCUUAUGGUUCCAUCUUCGCUAUCCUUUUAUCUUCUUACUAGGUAUUCCUGCUGCUCAAAAAUUAUUCACGGAUGAGGGUCAAAAAGAAUUGGCCAAAUGGGGUAUUUAA